AUCAAACCCGUUCGUUUCACUCCCGGAGAGGAAGAAGAAAAAAACACAAAAACCGAAAAGAAAAGAAAAAAAAAACAACAACAACAAGAUUUUUUUUUUCCGCAAACCCUCUCGAACCAAAAUCGCGGCGGCUUUAUCCACGAAUCAAAAAAAAUCCCCGCGACAAUGUCUCCGCCCAAUCUUUCCUCCUCCUCCUAGAGCCGGAGAAUCCACCCGCCAUCACCAUCGUGCUCGCAAUCGCAUCGCCUGUGGCGGGAUCGCCGGCGGCGGCGGCGGAGAUGAUUCGGCUGCAGACGUACGCGGCGUUCAGCCUGAUGGCGACGGCGACGGCGGUGUACUACGCGUUCAGCAGCAGGGAGCAGUUCUACCCGGCGAUGGUGUACCUCUCCACCUCCAAGAUCUGCUUCGUGCUGCUCCUCAACACGGGCCUCGUCGCCAUGUGCGUCGCCUGGCAGCUCGUCAAGCGGCUCUUCCUGGGGACGCUCCGGGAGGCCGAGGUGGAGCGGCUCAACGAGCAGGCGUGGCGGGAGGUGGUGGAGAUCCUCUUCGCGGUCACCAUCUUCAGGCAGGACUUCUCCGUCUCCUUCCUCGCCAUGGUCGCCGCGCUGCUGCUCGUCAAGGCGCUGCACUGGCUCGCGCAGAAGAGGGUCGAGUACAUCGAGACCACGCCCUCCGUGCCCAUGCUGUCGCACGCCAGGAUCGUCUCCUUCAUGCUGUUCCUGCUCGUCGUCGACUGCCUCUUCCUGUCCAACUCGCUCAGGUCGCUCAUACACAAGCGGGAGGCGUCUGUUGCAAUCUUCUUUUCGUUUGAGUACAUGAUACUAGCAACAUCCACAGUAUCGACAUUCGUGAAAUAUAUAUUCUAUGUCAGUGACAUGCUAAUGGAAGGUCAAUGGGAGAAAAAGGCAGUGUAUACAUUUUACUUGGAGCUCAUCAGUGACCUUGUACACUUGUCUUUGUAUAUGCUCUUCUUCAUAGCUAUCUUCCUGAACUAUGGUGUCCCACUGCACUUGAUACGUGAGCUGUAUGAGACAUUUCGCAACUUCAGAAUCCGUAUCGCGGAUUAUGUACGCUACAGAAAGAUAACUUCCAACAUGAAUGAAAGAUUUCCAGAUGCCACAGCAGAUGAGCUCAAUGCGAGUGAUGCUACAUGUAUUAUUUGCCGUGAGGAGAUGACCACAGCAAAAAAGCUGCUUUGUGGGCACCUGUUCCAUGUCCAUUGUUUGAGGUCAUGGUUAGAACGCCAACACACUUGCCCUACAUGUAGAGCUCCAAUUCUGCCCCCAGAUAAUGGGCGUACUGCAGCACGUCCGCAUGGAGUUCAUCCUGGAGUUCAGCCUGUUCCAGGUAAUGGCACACCAGGUUCAGAACGAGCAGCAGGUGAGAACAUAAGCAGGCGCCAAGCAAAACUUGAAGCAGCUGCUUCGGCUGCUUCCCUAUAUGGGAGAUCCUUUGCUUAUCCUCCAGCGAACAAUUUGAACAGGUAUUCAACUCCUCCACAGUCUACAUCAAAUGGUCCACAAUCAGGAGAAGCAAGUACUUCCAAUCAAUCGCCAAAAGGCCAUGCAACUGCCGAUCCUUCAGCGCCUACUUUUUAUGCACGUGGUGCUGUUAGUUCAGUGACAACUACCAGGGAACUUGAAAGUUCACUGCAGAAGGCAUAUGAAAAUGCUAUAAAGAGCCAGAUAGAGAUGUUGCAAAUCCAGCUGCAAAUGUUUCAGCAUGGGGCUACUUCAUCAGCGACUAACAAUGAAAACGGUGAGCACACAAAAAGCGACUGAAGUUGUAAAUAAGGGGAAGGUGAGGGCUGAACAAACAAAGGAUAUAUAGAUGGUGACUUGGCAAAUACCCGAGGAGAAACUCCCAUGCCAUGCUUUAUUUCGAUUUUGGUAGGCUCGUUCAUUUGUAUGUCCAUGUUAGAGGCCUCCUAUCAACAUCAGAUAUUUAUUUGCUUAAUGUGGUCAUUUGAGUAGAGAUGCAGUGUUGUAACUACGACUAAUUUCAGAUUAGCACAUCUGGGAAAAAGCAACAUGAUUCUUCAAUCUGAACCAUCAGUAUGCUCCCUCUUUUUUCUGGCAUUUUUGUUUGUACGCUAUAGUUGGAUUUAUACUGUCCAGACAUUCAAUACUGAAUUUAAUAAAUGUGAAUAUGGUUUAAGUCGCUCUUC